UUCUUCUUCUUCCCCAAAACAAUUACCCUCUCUUUCCAUACAGAAAAUAUGGAAUUCAAACCCAAAGCUCAAACGCCGCCAAGACUAACUGUUCCUACACCAUUCUCAUUAUCAGUACCACUACAAUACUCUCCAAAUAAUUCUUCCUCUUCCUCUCCUACUCUCAAUUCCUCUCAGUUAUCUUCUCCGGCCUCCUCUUUUCCAUCUCCGUCUCCACCCACGUCUCAAUCUUCUCCCACCAGUACUACUAAUGUUAAUCCAACUCCUCCGCCACCACCACCGCCACCACCGGCUAUCGUUAUGAGCCCCUGUGCUGCCUGCAAAAUCCUUCGCCGGCGGUGCGUCGACAAGUGCGUUUUAGCGCCGUAUUUCCCGCCAACCGAGCCUCUUAAGUUCACCAUUGCUCAUAGAGUCUUUGGCGCUAGCAAUAUCAUCAAGUUCUUGCAGGAAAUUCCUGAAAGUCAGAGAACAGAUGCAGUGAGUAGCAUGGUGUACGAAGCAAAUGCAAGAAUAAGAGAUCCAGUGUACGGAUGUGCGGGGGCUAUAUGUCAGCUGCAGAAGCAAGUGAGCGAGCUGCAGGGACAACUGGCUAAGGCGCAGGCUGAGCUUGUCAACAUGCAGUGCCAACAGGCCAAUCUAAUUGCUUUGAUUUGUAUGGACGUUACACAGUUGCAAGACCCCAAUUCCCAGCAACAGCCGCCGUACGUCGACACUAGCUGUUUUCUAGACGACAACACUUUGGGCACCACAUGGGAACCUCUUUGGACUUGAUAUAUCAUAUCAUCAGUGUUAUUUAAACUUAAUAAUUAAUAAUAUUUAUUUAUAUA